UAAAUUGCAUAAAACAACAAUUUUUACUAAUAUUAAAAAGAAAAAACAAUAAGCUUUAAUAAAAAAUAAACAUUUACAACUAAACAGAUUAAAAAUAAACAAAAAUAUAUUUGUCCAAUUGUCAUUUUUGUGCGAGUGUGUGUGGUAAUCACUGUGAGCAAACAAAAUACAUAGUGGAAAUUAUAAAGAAAAACUCGUAAAUAAUUAAAAGAAAACAACAAAAAAAAAAAAUUAAAAAUGCGAAAAAUAAAUAAAUUUAUACAAAAACAUCGGUGAAAAUUUCAGUGUUAUUGUUUUUUAUGAUUGAUUAGACUUUUUAGACAUCUUUGUUGUUGCAUUUUUUUUUUGGGUGACCCCUUUUACUUAAUUUUAAUUCGCGUUUUUAUUCAGUUCGAGUUUUCGAUUAAAACUAUAAAAAAAAUUAUUGGUCCAUAUAUGUAUCUACAACAUAUUUCUUUAGUUAUAUUUUUUUUGAGUUUAGUUUAAAUUUAAUUUGUCAGUAUUAAAAUAACAAGAUUAACUUUUCACACAUAGAAUGCUACCGAGUUUUCAUAACUUAAUGAGGUGCUCUUCGAGCGUUUUAAAACAGUCUACAUCUAGUAGUGGACCACCACAACCCUUCAAUCAUGAUGAUGAUGAUCUCAAUACGGCCACCUGUUCGGGACGCGGCGAUUGUCUAAAUGGCACUUGCCUCUGUGAAAUACGUUAUGCCGGCGAUGAGUGUAGUGGCUUUAAUUUGCCCUACUAUGCGGGCAUCUCAAGUGUUUUCUAUAUUGUGGCCCUGGUAUCGGUUAUACAAUUGUUUAUCUGUAUAGUGGCCGAAUAUCAAAGACUUAAACAGCCGUCUGUGUUAAGGGCAUGUCGCAUUACCACACAGAAAAUGUUAUAUUUUAUGGUAUUUGUGGCGGCCUCUUUAAGAGGAGCCUUCUUUACAACACCGUUGGAUUUACAGCCACAAUGGGCUGUUACUUUAAUGUCCGCCUAUUAUCCUUUAUUAAUGACUUGCGCUUCAUUAAUUGUUUGCAUGUGGGCUGAGAUCUUUCAUUUGCGCGACAUACGCUGGGAAAAAUCACAAUUCUUAUCGAAAAGUUUUCUCGGCUUCAUUGCCUUCAAUUUCUUUCUCUACAGUCUUUUUGGCGUGGAAGUCUUCUCAUCACUCAUCAACUCGGAGCGUCAAACCUAUGCUCACAUUUUCAAUGGUUGUUAUGCCGCCUUACUCUUAAUAGUUGUUGUCUUUUUUCUCAUCUAUGGCGUUGAAGUGUUUUUCAAACUGCGCGGCGGUUUUGUGUACGAUCAAACCGGUAAAAUUCUAGGACCCAGUGAGGCCAUUGUGAACGCUUCACAGCUGCAUCAAUCGCGUUUGGGUCUACUGUCACAGGCAAUAAUGUUAAUAGUGAUAGUGGGUUUCCUAACAUCCGAGACUUUGGGAGAUUUUUGGAAAACAAAAGUGCCUGUCUACUCACGCAAUUGGCAUGAUAUUGUCUUUCGCAUUGUGGAAAUAGGUGUUGCAUUGUGGUUCCCCUGCUGUUUAUGGAACUCUAUGGCUCCCGAACAAUUAUGGAUCUUAAAUCCUCGCAAAUUAAUUUCACGACAAAUCGAUCCCUCGAUACCCACCACCUCCGCCGAUACGAAAACUCUAUCACCCGAAGAAGGUCAAUCGUUUUUGAAUAAAAAAGAUUGUUGGAUUUGUUAUGACAAUGAUAAGCCUGAGCCUUUAAUACAACCCUGCCGCUGCACUGGCGAUGUGUCGUCGGUGCAUCAUGAAUGUUUGAAACGUUGGCUGGUGGAGAGUUGCAGUAAAACAGAAGCUCAAUUAUCUUGUAAAGUUUGUGGUUUUCCAUAUGAAAUAGAGAAAACAAAAAAACUCGAUUGGGAAAAAGGUUUUACCAUACAACAUUGGUCCAAGACCGUCAUACUCAUUACGCUCAUGUGUGUGGCUGGAGCCUCCGCCUGGGUGGUAAUACAACUGUAUGUCGACCCAUUGAUACGCGUCAUGACUGUGGGCAUUGCUGUACUCAUCGGUUAUGUAUGUAUUAAAUGUUUAGGUGAAAACACUGUUGUCGCCUAUCAACGUGCCAAAGUAAGCAGCAUUAAUAUAGUCACAAAAUCUGAAAUGGAAAAACUACACACCAUCUGUGAGGAUGUUAGCACGGCGGGAUCCAACAGCUCCUCAUAAAUGUAAUUGCAAACAAUAAUAAAAAUGUAAAACAUUUUUUAGAUUUAUGUAACAAAAAACAAAAAAUCCAAUUUCAUUAGUUUUACAUUGACUUUCAUAUACAAAAACAAACAAAAAAGCAUUAAUUUCAUUUUCUAUAUUUUUCAUAUAUACACUAAAAUAAGUUUGUGCUCUACAAUUGACCUUAAGUAUACACAAUAGUUUUAACAAUUACUAUUCAUUUCCUCUAAAUUCGUUUUGUAAAAAAAUCUAUGUUUCUUUUCAGCUUGUAUUGUAAAAAUUUUACAAGAUCUAUAUUUUUCUUCUUAACAUUUUUUUUUAUAAACAAUUUUUGAAGUGUUUUUUUUUAUGUUUAAAUAUUUAAUAACAUUUUGUAGCAAUUAAAAAAAAAGAAGAGAAAAUAAAUUUCAAUGCACAUUUAUUUUGAAAACAAAUUUGCUCAAUUUGUUGUAAUGUAAUGUGUAUUGUGUGCUGUUUAGUUUAAGACCUAAAUUUUUAGUAAUAAGUAUUCAAUAAAUCUUCCUUAAUUAUUAUACACUAUACAUAUUUUUUAUGCAUAGAAAAUAUUUUCAAGUUUAUUUCAGAGUAUUUAGGAAUAGGUUAAAUUAAAAAUUAUUGUUAAAUUUUAAAAUAUUGUCAAAAUUUUGUUAUAAAUGAUAUUAGCAGCUAGAAAGGUUUAAAAAUAAUUGAAAAUAUACAUAAUAAAAUGUAAUUUUUUUUGUUUUGUUUUGCCCUUUGUCAUUGUUGCGAAUAAUCAUGAAUAUCCAGAAAUUUGUAUAAAACUUUUAUUAUUUCAAGUUUAAACUGUAAUGAUGUUGUUGUAGUUGCCAAGACGAAAAAGGGCUUUAUGCGGAAAUCAUGCAUAUUUUCGGCAACGCAGUACAAUACACUAUUUGAAAUUCCUACGACAGCCGGUUCUACACACCGGAAUGCCUCUUAACUCAGCAACCACUGCUGCUACAACAACAACUACAAUAUUCGAAUACUUUUUCAAUAUUUUCCAGAUCCAAAGUACAUGAUUUAUUUUCGAACGAAAUUCAGUUUGCUUGUUGUGUAAUUUGAUUCGCAAAGAAAAUCAUUUGUAUUUGCUUUAUACAUGGAAAUUCAAAAACAGUUUCUUUCGAAUUGAAUUUCACAAUAAAACCCCAGCUGUCAGUGUCAAAACACUAAAAUUUAAACUAAUGGUAAAAUAUAUCUUUAAUAUAGUACGAAAUUGUCGGAGGCGUAAAACGUUUACGCCAACCACGAUAAGGAUGAAUAUUUGCUCAUACGUUAGUAAAGAUUUCAAUAUUUGUUUUAUUUCAUUCCUAAACAUUUUCUGAAAUAAAUUUGAAUAUGGUGCAAUUCCCAAACAAAAAAAAAAACAUUAAAUUCUUAAGACAAAAAAAAAAACAAUAAAAAACGAUUUAAUAAUUUUUUUGAAAUUGAAAUUUGUAAUUUAUACUAAUGUUAAGCAAAAUCUAAAGAAAUGAAAGCAGCAGAAAAUAAAACCAAAUAGAGAUGAUCAUUUCUGUGACAUCAUAAUAAAUCGAAAUUUUAUUCAGGCGGAAAGGAAAUUUCAAUAACAGCAGCCAUAUAUAGAGAACACAUAAAUAAAAUAGAAGGUAUUUGUUUAACUAUUUUCUGUUUAAAUUAUAGUCCAAAGUAGGAGACUGUUAACUGCGAGAAAUCUGUAUUAAUCGUAUGUUUGGAUAAUUUGGAAAGAGAUCAUGAAAUAGAACGCACUUUCCAAAGCAAAAUCUCAAUCGGAUGCAAAUUUUUUAACUCUACAAAAUCUAUUUUAAUCAAAAAUGUAUUUUUCUGAGUAAGAACUUUUGAUAAAAGCUUGUUUUUAAAGGAAUACAUAAAGAAGAAACUUAAUUAUCAAACAAAUUAAGUACCCAAAAUUCAAGCACUCGACAAUUUUUUUGGAAUUUGAUUUUAAUUCAAAUAUAAUUAUGUUUUAAACUUGAAAAAGACUUGAAAAAAUUAAAUAUUUUUCAAAGAAAAAAAAAAUUUAUAUAAAAAGUGUAAUACGACUACAAUUCAAUUGCUUGACUAUAAUUCAAGGCUUGAAUUAUACUUGCAUUCAACUUGAAUUUCAGUAAACAUGCUUACUGGGUAGUUUACGUUGCAACAAUAACAUGUUUUUACUGUAUAUUUCUUUAUGGAUCUGCUGUAGUUGAAAUAGCUUUCCUGGGAUAAAAAACUAACGAAAGAUUCCCUGAAUUAAUAAUCUUGUUCUAAAAUAGCGUCUUAAUCGGUUGAAAAUUGUUUUCGAAAUCCAUAGUAAUCAAAUGUUUUUACUCCUGGGAAUGAACUUUUCAUAACAGGAAACUCGUUAAUAUAGUAUUUCUUUAAGGGAAAUUACUUUUCUGGGUUUAAAAACUAAUGAAAUAUUGCCUUAAAUAAGAAGAACUAUUGAAGGUUUAUACAAAUUGUGUUGAUAUAAUUCUCAUACAGUUUAUUUUCUUUCUGCAGUUUACCACACAGCAACACUUUGUAAUAUUUGCUGGUUUUAAAAGUACUUCCCUAGGGGAACAAAAAACUUACAGAUUUGGCAAUCUUAAGUCUAAAGAGACCCGAACUGUUCUAAAGUGAAUAACAAUUUUCCUGAAAACGUUCAAUAACACACAAAUUACAAAAGGUUUUCAUAAAUUUCAUUUCUUACAACAUGCUGUGAAUUACAAUUUCAAUAUAAAAAAAAGAAUAUUAAAUCACCAUUAAAUAAUCAACAUUAUAUAAAUUAUUACAGUAUCAUUAAGCAAGAGAUUAAAAAUCAAAUAAUGCAAUUACUUACUUAAAAACAUAAACAUAAUAAUAACGACAAACUUUUAAAGCUUUCAAUUAAAAUUGUUUUCAGUUUUCUUUUAAAGGAUUUAAGAAAACCUAACAAACAUACAUAUAAUAAUAAUAUAAACCAUAAAAUGCAGAUAAAACAUUAGAAAGGCCCCUUAAAAUUAAAAAUAAUAGUAGAAUAUUAUAAAAAUAUAUACAUAUACAUACUGACAUAAAGUUAAUAAAAAUGGAAAAGUUGUCCAAAACCCCCUAGAAGAGGAAUAGGAAAAUAUAGAAAAGAUAAAAAUUCUUUAAAAAUUUUCAAAAUUUUCUACUUUAUUUCAAUUUUUUUUGGAAAAUCCUUACAUAAACACUCCUUCUGAACUUACUUCCCAAUUUAUAUUUACCUACACGAUUCAUACUUUUAAUUAUACAAUAAAGUAACGAAUAUUACUUUUAAGUUAACAUUUUGUGUAAAACUCUACAUAUGUAAAACAUAAGUUUAAUUUUUAAUAACUAUAAUUCUAAUAAUAAUAUCUCUUGUAUUUUUAUUUAAGCCAUAUUAUUAUAUUAUAUACCUACUUAUGUUUAUUGUUUAUAAUCACCAUUUUAUCAUAAUCAUAUACGAUGCAUUCACUUAUUUUUCAAUUCAUAUUAAUAGUUUUAUGUGAAGCGUUGUUUAAGCUAUAAGACCAAGCUUUAGGGCUUAGUUGUUUACACAAAUUUACCAAGAUCAUCUUCUAUAUAAACCUACUCCCCCAAUUAUUAUUUAAAGAAAAUAAGAAACAAACUAAAAAAAAACCCAUUAAUUAUUGUGAUACAAAUUAAAAAAAUAAAAAUUAAAUUACAAAAAUUCGAAAAUAUAUAUGAAA